AAUCGUAGCUUCAAAAGUCAAAUAUUUGCUGCAGCAUAAAACUCAGGCUCAGGCACUCCGAUUUUAUUUGUUCUCUCUCAAGUCUCUCCUCUUCCUUGCCGCCAAUUUCAGAUGGAGGAGACAGAGGACAUGUUUGAGUCCUCUCUAAACCUAGAAGAGAUACACUUCAAGGAAGGCUAUGCUGAGGGCUACGGGCAUGGCCUAGACCAAGGCAAAGAGGAGGGUCAACAAGUGGGCCUAAAAGUGGGCUUCGAGGGUGGUGAGGAACUCGGGUUCUAUCGAGGUUGCAUCAAUGUCUGGAACUCAGUGAUCCAGGUCGACCCAACACGAUUCUCAGAUCGAGUCCAGAAAAUGAUCAAGCAAAUGGACGAGUUGGUUGCAAAAUAUCCAGUCAUGGACCCAGAGAACGAGAGCAUCCAAGAGGUGAUGGAUGGGUUGAGACUCAAGUUCAGGGCAGUUUGUGCUACACUCAAUGUCAAAUUGGAGUAUAUUGGGUAUCCCAAAACAGCGCAAGAUUCUGAGUUUUGAGUUUUAAUGGUGCCUGUCUCUCAUUACUUGGGUGCUUUAUUCUAAUUUAGAUGGUUGAGUUUAUUCUGCCACUGCAUUGUUCACAUGAAAAGAAAAUUUGAAGUUAUUGUAUAAGAUUCAACAGGAGAAAGCAAAAAAGUUAUUGGCCAAACAUUUUAGUUUUGGAUUCUCCUUAGAUUGACAUUUUAGUUUGUGGCUACCAUAAAUGUAAGCAGUUGAGGAUUAUAAUUGUAAGUUACAUAGUACCUCUUACACAAAUAACUGGAAUUCAUUCAAAUUCACUAGAAAAUAGGACUUUUCAUCUGUAAAAUUUUCUGUAAUUUAUACUUCAUGGUUAAACGUGUACAAAAUUUGAAUCA